GCAAGUACCAAAGGCGGAUUCUUCUCCCCAAAUUAAUGACAAGUGACAGCAAACAACAGGGAGACAUGAGAAGUUGGACCACAUGCUGCACUGGAGAACUUAGUGGUAGAAGAAUUAAUCCCCAAAGAGAUUGAAGUGAGUUUCAGGAUGACAAAAGAGGAACCCCCGAGUACCACAAGGGACUUGCAGGAGCUGCAGAAGAAGCUGUCUUUGCUGAUAGAGUCCUUCCAGAAUAACUCAAAGGUGAUUGCCUUUCUGAAGUCUCCAGUGGGCCAGUACUUGGACAGGCAUCCUUUUCUGGCCCUCACCUUGCUGGUGUUCGUUGCCGUGUCGGCCGUUCCUGUUGGGUUCUUCCUGCUCCUCGUGGUGCUUACCUUCCUGGUGGCUCUUGUGGGGGUCCUGUUACUGGAAGGCCUGGUCAUCUCUGUGGGUGGCCUGUCACUGCUCUGCGUCCUCUGUGGCUUGGGCUUCGUGUCAGUCACCGUGUCAGGGAUCCUCAUGGUGUCCUACAUGGUGGUCUCCAGCCUUAUCAACUACUGGUUUUCUCCCAGACCACUGAUGCAGCAAAACCCCAGUGGUGAAUGUCAGCUGGCUAUGAAGUCCACAGACUUUGAGGGGCUCUACCAGGAAUGACCAGCUGAACAUCUUUUCAAGCAUCGCUGGAAAGCUGUUGAAUCAUACUUGCCCCUUGGCAUUAUGACUCAGAGAAGGGGGUUGGGUAGCCAAGCACUCCCUGGAUGUUUCCACUAGCUUUUUCACUGUUUAUAGGAUCCUGCAGUAGCCCAUUUGGGGAUCAUGUUGGUCUUGUGUUGGUUCUGUCAGCUGACCCACCCUCAUGGGGCGAAUCAGCAAAGAAAUGCAUUGGCUCAGCAGCUGGCCCUGCCUCACAUACCCACUCCCCAGGUGUGGCGACGUGACCUUGGCAGGGUCCUGGGCCUCUAGAGCUCUGCCCCGUGACCCAAAGGCCCAGCUGGGUGCAAAAGUGUAUUGUUUUUAGUGUUUUGUUUUUAGA